AUGGCUGGCAGGCAGACAAGGGGUCGGCAAAGAAUUCCCAUGAGGCUGAUAGAGAGCCAGGACGACCUAUAUGCAACAUUCUCAAAACGCCGUUUAGGUCUAUACAAGAAGGCGAGUGAACUUAGCACACUUUGUGGCAUCGAUGUAGGAAUAAUAAUCUUUUCUCCCACCGACAAUCCUUACUCUUUCUUCCAUCCAUCCAUGGAAUCUGUGAUCGAACGAUAUAGAAACCCAAAUCAACCGCCAAGCAAUUUAGCAAGAAUCGUGGAGGGCCACACACGGACCAGAAUUGUGCAACUCAACAAGCGGCUGGAUGAGGUACAAGAUAUGAAAGAACUUAUAAAAGAACAAGAAAAGUACCUGGACGAGGUCGACAAAACUCGACCCCAAGGGUGGUGGGAACAAAUCCCUGUUGAGAGUUUGAACGCACAGCAAGUGCAGGAGUGGAAAGCAUGGUUUGGCAACCUCCAUGCUCGAGUGACCAGUAGAAUCGAGGAGUUGACAAAUGGCGGGUCGGGUCCGUUGGAGAAUGCUCCAAUUUUCCCUGAUCCACCUGGUGCUAGUACUACAAUUUUUCCUAGUAUCUAUGCUCAAAAUUAUGUUCCUCCUGCGGGUACAUCAUGUGCACCAGGAGGUGGGAUUAUUGGAUCUGAUCAAUUUUCUGGCCAGUAUUAUUAUGCUCAUCCACAAGGUCAUGAUUCAUUUGCUUCUGGGCCUAGUCAGUUCUUUGCUCCUCCACAUGGUCAAUAUCCUUCUGGAUUCAGUACAAGUCAAUAUUAUAGCAUACCAGGAGCUCUGAAUCCAUCUGGUAUUGGGCCUAGUCAAUACUAUGGGUUUCCACCGAGUCAACAUUCAUCUGGUGUUGGGCCUAGUCAAUACUAUGGGCCUCAACCUACUCAGGAUCCAUCUGAUUUUGGACCUACCCAAUUCUAUGGGCUUCUGUCAAGUCAAGAUCCAUUAGGUAUUAGGCCUAGCCAGUUCUACAUGCCUCCAUCAAAUCAAAUUCCAUCUGGUGUUGGGCUUAACCAAUUCUAUGGGUCUCCACCAAGUCAGGAUCAAUCUGGUGCUGGGCCUAACCAAUUCUAUAGGCCUCCACUAGGUCAGGAUCCAUCCAGUGCUAGGCUUAGAAGGUUUUAUAAUCCUUAA